UUCUGACUGUCGAACUUUUUCUUUGAUGAUGGCGGAUAAAAAUCUUCAAUUAAUCUUAUUUUUUCUUAAAAACACGCGGACGAGGUGUUUGGUUCCAGGUGGAUAAUGUUGAAGAUAUAACAAUUGGAUGUAUAAAUGUUAGAGUUCUCGUCUGUAUAGAACAUCAAAGAUAUAGUCCUUUAAACCCUACUUCGCCGCCCACCUUGGAGAAAGUGACAACAAACCUAAACCCCCAUUCUUUUUUCUUUUCUCAGGAAGUAAUUUAAAGAGUUAGAAAUCUAUUAUGGACAAGAACAUGCUACAGGGACUUGAUAAUCUACCUGAAAUGGCCAACCUCAUUGAACAGCUUCAAGUGCGUGACAGCCAGAAGAAUGUUCUCCUUAAAACCAAAGCAGCUUGUGCGUUGCAAUGUUCUCCUUAAAACCAAAGCAGCUUGUGUGUUGCAGUUGGACGUUUUGGGAACAACAUCUAAUUCUCAAUACGCUGUCACUGAUCUUUCUUAUUGGGUGAAGGAUAAAAUGUAGUGAUGAGGCAUGUGUGUAGACCUUUGAAAUCAUGUCUCAAUUUCUACUGAUACAUACAAAUAGCAACCUGUGCCUCGUUUAUAGACAAAUUUGCACAAUGAACUUCCAUUUUAUUGCAGGCAUGAUCAGAAAUUUCAAUAAACUGCUUGUUCUUUGAAUUUGAGGAGAAUUUGACAAUCCGUGGGUUAGGAAAGAGUAGUGAUGUGUUUACGUUAUGCAAAACUGUUUUGCCACUUAGAAGCUCUAAGAAAAUCUUCCAAAUCUCCAUGGGCUUUUUCAUCUUUGCUCUCUUGUGCAGACACAGCUCAUGCAAAAGCAAAGUCUGCUCCUUUACAGGAAACCAGAAUGAGAGAUAGGUUUAUGCUAAAUGCUAAGGGAGGUCAUGGUGGCAAUGGUUGUUCCAGCUUCCGCCGCAGUAGACAUGAUCGCUGUGGCAGACCUGAUGGUGGAAAUGGUGGAAGAGGUGGUGAUGUGAUUUUAGAGUGUUCUCCUGCUAUCUGGGACUUCAGUGGUUUGCAUCAUCAUGUAAAUGCAGCCAAAGGGGGUCAUGGAGGUUCCAAGAAUAUGAUAGGAACUCGCGGGGAAGAUAAGGUUGUCCAAGUACCUAUUGGCACUGUUAUUCAUCUUUUAAAGGGUGAGCUUCCAUCUACAGUUCAAAAAUGUUCUACAACCGACUUGGAUCCCUGGGAACUUCCUGGCACUCUUCAUACUGACCAAUCCAAAUCUCACCUGCAGUCUGCCUCCAAGAGCCUGGCCGUGGCAGAGGAAGUUGAAUCAUUGGAUAGUACGGAUGCCUCAUCAACUCAUUAUAAUGAAAUUUCAGAGGAAUUGGCCAGGACACAGGAAACUCAACCUGAGUCAGCAGAAGCAGAACAUAUACAAUAUAAUGUUGCUGAACUAACAAAACCAGGUCAGAAAAUUAUUAUUGCUCAUGGAGGGGAUGGUGGUCUAGGAAAUGCAUCUUCUCUGAAUGUUUCAAAGAAAGCAAAGACUGCUAAGCUUGGAGUGAAUAAAGAUAUUACCUUUGAUCCAGAAAUAUCCAGUGAGUAUCAGUCCUCCCUUAGCCUUGGAUGCCCUGGCUCUGAGGCUGUUCUUGUAUUGGAACUGAAGAGCAUAGCUGAUGUGGGCCUUGUUGGUAUGCCAAAUGCCGGUAAAAGUACUCUUCUGGGAGCUUUAUCCAGGGCUAAACCUAGAGUUGGCCACUAUUCCUUCACAACUCUUAGGCCAAAUUUAGGGAAAUUGAAGUUUGAUGACCUCUCAAUUACAGUGGCUGACAUUCCAGGACUUAUAAAGGGUGCUCACGAGAAUCGUGGUCUUGGACAUGCCUUCCUGCGACACAUAGAACGAACCAAGGUCUUGGCUUAUGUGGUGGAUUUGGUUGCUGGAUUAGAUGGUAGAAAAGGAAUUCCACCGUGGGAACAGUUGAAAGAUUUAAUCCUAGAACUCGAGCACCAUCAAGAGGGACUGUCCAUUAGGCCCUCCUUAGUUGUGGCCAAUAAAAUCGAUGAGGCAGGGGCCGAAGAAGUGUGUGAAGAGUUGAAAAGGAGAGUGCAAGGUGUUUCAAUAUAUCCAGUAUGUGCAGUCUUGGAGGAGGGGGUACAAGAACUGAAAGCAGGUCUUAGAAUGCUUAUGGAUAGUGCAAAACUGCAAACACUCAGUUUAGAUAAAGUUGAUUGUUCCUGAUAGUGAUAAUAAAUUGAUACAAAUACUAAACCUUUUUUUGAUAGACGAGUUAAAUGAAUCAUAUCCAGCAAUUCUUCAAA